AUGGCAAAGAUUCAGCUCGAUAGUCUCAAACAAUGUCUCCAGUUCUUAGAGUGGUUACGUGGAGAAGGGCGGGGGAUGCGAGGUAUGCGCUCUAAUGUGGCACUUGAACUCAUUGAGCGCAAGUCCCAUUAUUACAAUUGGGUUUCGUAUACUGGAGAUUUGCCACACGCCGUAUCGAAGUUCCUCGAUGACGUGUCCAAAUUUUAUAAUAGAUUGUGCUUUAAGGCAGAUGGCGGCAGUUACGACAAACCAAGUCGUGAUGACGUUUUCAAUGCUCUACUCGAGUGCGUCCCGAAGUUACUUACUGCCAUGUAUUUUCUUCUGUAUAACGUAGAUGCAAGUUUCAGCAAACUGGGUGGCGGGGGGUGGAGAGAGAACUGGCCGGGGUAUGAGACGAGCUGGUGGUUUCAUGGUUCCAGCGGCGGCCCAUUGCAGGAAUAUCUCAGAGCGCCAGUUGACGACCCUAAGUACGGCAAAACACGUGACACCCUACCUGGAGGUUUCGAAUAUGGCGAAAUAAGGUAUGGUAGAUAUUCCAAUGGCUAUAUCCAGGGCUAUUUUAUGACUGAAGACCUUAAAAAGAUUUUGAACAAAGAAAACUACAACGAUUUUCGCGAUAUAUUUCUCACUACAGUGAUUUCUAUGGCAGGCACGCAAACUCCGAACACAGCGAACGCUGUUGGUUUGGUUGGAAUGUUCUGCGACAUAGUGAUUAAAGAUAAUACGCAGGAUGGAGGUGAAUUAAAACGGAAAUUGGAGGACAACUUAAUUGAUAGCUAUGAUAAAAAAUGCAUACAUUGGCAAGAGCUGAAAUCCCAGUGCAAAAAGCUUAAAGACGAUUUGAAUCAAUUAAUAAACGAUGAUGGCUUCUCCUACACCGGCCAGGCGCCGCCUGUUACAUCAAUUAGCCAGACGGAAUUUGCAAGGAAGACCGCGGAAUGGUUGAAAGAACAAUUGUCGGCUGUGCGAACCAAUGUGACUACUAUUAGUAGUGAUUACCCUGACAUCCACCGUUCCGAUUUUUCGCCGAUUUAUGACUUCGCCGUCGAUAAUAUUUUCCCUUACGGUUUCACAUUUGGUGCGAAAAACUUUGGAACGUUUUUCCACGGACUGAAUGUCGUGCCACAAAAGUGGAAACGUGUACUAGGCAUGCUUAAAUCGAAUGAUGGCUUGGAGAAAUUGAGAACACUUUUGGAAGGUGAGGCGUGUCCAAAGUUUGACGCAGUGAAGCAUAUUCACACUAGUACUGAAGCGAAUAAAACUGAGGUAGGAACACUGACUGACACCAAAACGCAUGAUACUAAGACAGAGGGCAAGAGGGCAGAAGGAGCACAGAACCGGGGCGAGAAAGAGGAGGGAACACCUAAUCCGCGGAAUGGUAAAAAUACGGAUGCGUUUGCAGGUUCAUCGGUUGGAAAUUCAGAUCCGCGUCGGCCUUCCAAUUCAGAAGGAAUUCAAGACACGGCAGAGACUGGUGAUACGAUGGCUCCGGGGAAUGCCCAGUCAGCACAUCUGCCAGAUCAACAAACUGUUCAGUCCUCCACUCAUGGUAGUCCACCAACACUGCCAGGUUAUCCCUCUUCAGACUCUCCACCUAAUGUUACACACACGGUCGUCGUUGGUAAGUCAAGAGACGAGGCUCAGGGCUCAAUGUUUGAUGCACUCGCCGCCAAUUUGCCCAUUUCCAUUAGCAAUGUUGUAUUUCCUCAGACUCCUAGUGCCUCGGAUCCAAUACCUGCGCCAUCUGGUGGUCAUGAAUAUGGUGCCCAGGCGUCUGCUGACCGUAGUCCCAAAGGUGGUAAAGCAUCUCAGACACCUGAAGACCUCACUUCUACGCUUUCCCCUGCUCCAUUACGUGCUAGACCUAGAGAUAGAAUGGAUAGGACGUCAACAUGGGGGAAUUCGCGGUUUGGAGGUAGACGUGCACAGGUCACCGUUAGUUAUGAAUCCCGUCAUCCACCGGAAGUGGAUAGGUCAGCGACGACUCAAGGUACAGAUGCUGCUACGACGUCUACAGUUUCAUCUCCUUGUCCAGGGGGGGCCAGAGAUGACGGAGGGGUUGGGGAUAGUGGACAGGAGGGGUCUUGUAGCGCAGGAGUUCAGGAUUUGCCGAAGGCGCAGGACGGGUCUUCUCCACACAAAUGUUCUGGUAAGUGGGUUGAUGGCUGGCGUGUUGGCCAAAAGGUCUGCCUCUCCCACGAAGAUUAUAAAAGAGCUUUACACAUUGCGGAAAUCUGGGAAAGAGCAAAAAAAACAGAAGCGGAUCAACAGAAAAAGCAACGGGAAGAGGAAGAUAAAUUUGAACGGAUGAGAGCAUUACGUCAACAUUACCGUCAACAGGACCAGCUAUAUGAUCACAUACUAGCUGUAGAAGGCUAUGCUGGUGCCCCUCCACUGAGCGGCAAGGCAUUACCGGCCCCCCCCGACCCUGUAUUGCAAAAACAACAAGAAGAAGGUGAUAAAUUUCAAAUGUACUUACAGCAACGUAACAUAUUACAUGGCUCUGAUAUUAAGCCGUUCAAAAAGAAGCCUUUUGCUGGACCAUUAUUGCGACCUCCAAAACGUUCUAGGCCACCCCCGCCCGCAUUACAUAACCCUAAGACAACCGUUGCCACCAGUGAUGUAUACGGAAUAGUAGUGCCAAACAUUCCGAAAACUAAACCGAAUGUAAUAGACACAACACCCCAUGUCGAGAAUUUGGAUGACUAUCCUGUUGCUUUUCUGCAGCAUGUAGCCGGCGCUGAUUUGAAGAAUUUCAGUAUCAAAGAUGUUAAGGCUUCCGGAUCUGAGGAAAUCACACAGACACUGCCGCCCAUGCCGGAUUUUAAUGGAACGCCCAUUUUCGACCCCAACCUAAGUUCAUCACCGAAUCCUACCGCUAUAUUGUUACCUUCACCUCCACAUCCAAUCGUGCGCUUACAAGCCGUCAUUCCAGGCCGUCCUUCAUCGAAAAUUUAUCAUCCUCGUAUUGAUUUAUCUAUCCAGACGGUCCAUCAUGAAGAUCGCACAGUGGACGACAUUGGCACAGAUGACCCUCAGCCUCCCCCAGAACUCCAGCCACUCGACCCAAUAGGCCCAUACACCCCCGCUAUCAGUCUAAAUUUGGAAACACCAGAACCUCUUCCAGAACUACCAAACAACUCUGCUGCUGACUAUACACACAAUGCCUCCACUGUUGAAAUGUGCCUCGCUCCCUGGACAACCCAGACACCCACGCACGGCUCCACCGACAUCCCUGAGACUGAGCUGUUCCUCGCCGAGGCGCCGCGCACCGUCCGGGAUAUGCUUCAGUGGCUGGCAGGGCUUAAGAAUGAGAAGCAUCAUGAGACUCUAGAGAAGUGUAUUAACAAGGCAUUUAGUGGCCCGCAUAGUGACCCUUCACAGCUUGCACUUUCAGUCAACGGCUCUUACAUCAGACCCAAAGAUGUCUUCGACAUACUCCAGCUUACCGCCAUGUUUGCAGGUUCCGUGCUCACCGCUAUCGCACCUCGAUGGAGAGCGAAUGUGUCAUCAAGAUUUGUGAAGCCUAAGUCAUCUGACCAAUCCGAGGAGCCUGAUUGCUGCGCCCUACUAUGCCAGCUGCGUGACUACGUCUACGCCUCGCACCACCAGUUGGAGUUCCUCAAGUCGCAAUGUAAGCGACAUCAGUCUCAUGGUGGUUGGCAGGAUUGCCACUACGGCAGUGAUGUAUCUUCUCCUAGGUCCCCGCUCCAGUCCUUCCUGACUGACGGCUGGGACUCUGCCUUCGAGACGCACCUCUUCGACUCACGCAACAUAUGUCUUAAGAGCCGCGUCAGCAUGGGAUUCAAAUAUGAGGGUUUGCCUGAUGAAUCACAUGAUGGCAGGUAUCUUUCCACUAUACUAUCUCCCACCUGCGGCGGAGAGGAUCCAUUGGUAACGUUAUCCUCCUACCUUGUGUGCCUAACCAGACGGACGCCGCGAACAACCGGGGAGCUCGUCUCGUUCUUCCAUCAUUUUGGGAAUGAGCUGCACUUAUCGUAUUCUAGGGAGCCGUCCAACCUGGGUACUGCUCUCUCCACUUCACAUGCCGACUGCCCCAAGUGGGACCGUCUUGAGGGAUCCGACCUCGACGCCGUCCGGCAACUGCGGGGCUCUGAUUCUCCCAUCUCUAGCUACAAUCACACCACUACACUGUUCACACUGCUUGGCUGUCAAGUCGGCAAUGCUCACUGCCAUCGACACUGCUCGCCCAUCACGUACCGGGCCUACGCCCUAUACUCUCCGCUCUUCUCUCACACCUACCUCAGCUGGACGGUCUACCUGCCCGACAGACUGUUGGAGUCACUCGAGAGACUGAGUUGUGAUCUCGGCAGGCUUCAAUGCUCCGACAUUAGCUCCAUCCACAAUUGCGCUGGCGCGCUGCCUAUUCUCUACACUCACGGGUUCACGCCGCCGGAGGGUACGUCGCAGUCGUCGCCCAAGUUUUCCACGGUAGUCACAAAACUGGAAGCAGUGCUUUCCGGUGACGCCGUUGCGAACCUUAUGACCUGCAUGGACGCCUUCCUCUAUAGGGUCCGGAUGCCAUUUAUCUUCCUAUGCUUCGCACUCUGGUCAGUCGCAAUGCUCCUUUUCGCCCACACGAUACUUUACCGUGUGGAUAUAUGGUACAUCCGCUCCCACAUCAUGCGCUACAAGGUAUCUCACCUCAUCGACGUAAAGGUGCUACUCACCCUGAGCAGAAACAUGCCCUCCCUCUACGACAUCGAUUACUUCGACGACGACGAGGAACUUCCCCAAACAUCGAAAACACUUGUUCAGUGA